AUUUUGUUGCCUGGACUCAUCGCUAGCUUUGGUAACGACCUCACGUCCUGCGCUUGCAAGCCUUUCCCUCCAACCUCGAGGUCUCUUCAUCGCUCUUCAACCCAGAUUGCGUUUGAUAUCCUCUCAAUACCAAGAACAAAGAAGCGACCGGAGGAUCUGGCUGCGUGAGCCUCGCGCGACAAUUUGUGACCAUGCAGCUACGCAACGGAGCGCCAUCUCAGCGCUGCGCGGGACGAGGAUGCUCGGCAUCAGUUGUGUCCCAACGACAAAUUAGGUUUCCGGCCUGCUCGGCGAUAAAGGUAGCGGAGAGCCCGGCGCCCACGACCGCCGCGUCAGCGUCCGACACCCCGGCAACUACCAGCGGAAGCUCGGGGAAGCAGCGCGCUACGUUUAAGGCCAGCAAGGUCGGGCGACAACCAAUUGUGGAGGCGCAACGGCCGCUAUCCGAGUACAUGGCCCUGCCCGCCAGCCAGUACAGUGUGCUGGACGCGCGCCGUAUCGAGCGCGUGGACGACACAACAUUCAAAUGCUACGUUGGCGAGCUCAAGUUCUUCUCGUGGAGCGUGGAGCCGGUGAUCACGGUGUCGGUGACAGUGGAGGAGGGCGGCUGCACCAUCCGCCUGCUGGGCUGCAAGCUUCAAGGCAGCUCUUUUGUCGAGGACAUAAACAACAAGUUCUCUGCUACCAUGACUAAUGUGGUGCGGUACCGGGACUACGUGCCGGAGCCCAGCUCAGACAGCGAGAGCGAGAGCGACGGCGAGGAGGGUGAGACGGGCAAGCAGCCGGCGGCGGCGCGGAAGGAGAUUGUGAGCGACACCACCAUUCAGGUGUGCCUGGAGGUGCCCGCCUGGUCUUCCUUCCUGCCCGUGGACUCCAUCUCGAGCGCCGGCAGCGGCGUGAUGCAGAACGUGCUCAACGUCAUGGUGCCGCGCUUCCUGGCGCAGCUGCGCACCGACUACGUGCUGUGGGCCGCUGGCGACGAGUCGCGCAAGCCGGUCGGCGAGAUCUGAGGGGAAGCUUAGGUUUUGGGAGGGAAGCGGCGUGGGGCUAGGAGAGGCAGGGAGGGGCGUUUGGUGCAGCUGCCUCGCUGGCUUUUUGUUGCGGGGGCGCAGAGCAGGACCCAGAGCGGGGGCGCGGUGCUCAGAGGUACGGCGGAGGGCAAAAGAUGUGGGGCCGGAUUGGGGCCGGAUUGGGCGUUCAGGCAAUCGGCCCGGAUGGGUGGGGGUCUGGGGUUGAGCGAAGACCGCAUCUGGCUACGUGUGUGAGGCAUGGGGGUGGAAUGAGGUGCCGUAAAGUCGAAUGGUGGAGGCUACAUGGGACGAAGACGUGGUUGCUUCCUGGGUAAAAGCUUACGUUAUUUCAUACGUGUCACUGCAUGUUAUGUCUGAAAGUUAUGUUCUUGUAUAUCUGCGCUCGAGGUUUCAGGACUCGAGCUGCGCCUUUCAUACCUCAAGUGUGUGCUGGAGCGCAGCGCUUGAUGCAGUGUGUGUUUUGUGCUGAGCAACAUGCUGCAUUUGUUUAUACCCUAACCAUUGAAGGCUCGCAAGCUUGCAUCCCGUGGCUCGGGUAUGCGCUUCAGCUGGAGACGGAGACCACUGGUCUUGUACUGUGCCCUUGGAGAUGGGCAGACAGGGCACGUGGAUGUGCAGAUAAUCAUUGAUGUUUGAGCAACGUGGAGACGGAAUAAAUGCAGACGUGGGCCGGGUGGGUCGAAAAUGUGACGCGUAGAAGGUGCGUGCAGCUUGGGGUACGGUUACAAUGGUGCGCGUGCUGUUUGGGGCGCCGACGGCCGGCCUGUACCCGGGGCCGUGUGUAAAGCUAUCUGUACCAGCGCCCAUGUGUAAUGCUGUCACGAA